AUGGAUACUGUCCACGCCUAUGGGGUUAGCGCCACACGAUACCUCCAGACUCACUACAGGGACACUCAGAGCUGGUUCCUGUUUGUUUCCAUGGCAGCCGACCUGCGGAACACCUUCUUUGUCUUCUUCCCUGUGUGUUUCCACCUGCGGGAAUCAGUGGGGGUCAAGCUGGUCUGGGUGGCUGUGGUGGGAGACUGGCUCAACCUCAUCUUCAAAUGGUAGGUGACUACUAAUACUAAUGCUAAUCACAGUGCUCAGAUGCUAAGAUAAAGAAUAACAAUAUAAUAUGUUUAUUUCCAGGAUGAAAAUACGGCAGGUUCCGAAUGUUUUAACUAUGCUAUAAGAACGAUCCAACAGAUGAUCCCUCCAGUGCGUAUGUUGCCAGACAGAGGAGGAUUCAAUAUGUGAUAUAUGAUAUAUUACUCUCUCGUAUCUACACAGGAUCCUGUUUGGCGAGCGUCCCUAUUGGUGGGUUCAAGAGACUCCUUACUAUGGCAACUCAUCAGCGCCACAAAUUGAACAGUUCCCUAUGACCUGUGAGACUGGCCAGGUGAGUGCCUGUUUGUCUGUGCUGUUUGUCUGCUGCUGGUGGCAAAACCACUUUCCCUUCUGGAGAAUCCAUACAGUAUAUUAAAUUCAAAUCAAUUAAAUUCCAUUCAGUUCAAUUCAUUUUUUUCAAGCAAUACUAUACUUGACAGCAGCUCUCCUCUCACAGGAAGUCUGUUGGGUCAUGCCAUGAGUGCUGCAGGGGUUUACUACGCUAUGAUCUCAUCACUCCUCGCCAUCCUCCUCAAGGAACAUGGGGGUCACAUCAAGAACUGGUAAGUGGACAAAUUCUAUGUUGUUUUUCAGAGUUUAUCCGCUAGACACAAUUACCUAGAUUGAAUGAUCCAACUCUGCUAAGUAGGUGACUGUGUGUCCUUCCCUGUGUGUGUGUGUGUGUGUGUGUGUGUGUGUGUGUGUGUGUGUGUGUGUGUGUGUGUGUGUGUGUGUGUGUGGCAGGUGUGUCCGCGGGACCCUGUGGGCUGUCUUCUGGUGUGUGCAGGUGUGUGUCUGCCUCUCUACGGUUUUCAUCGCUGCCCACUUCCCUCACCAGGUUAUCGCUGGGGUCGUCACAGGUCAGUGGAGAGCCCAGACUCUUAUACCGAAUUCUAAAUCAAACCCUACACCCUUCUUUCAGUUCUGGAUAAGCAAUAUGGUAAUAGCCCUGCUUUGAACACUGACAGGCUUGGUGUAACUUCUGCCAUAGAUGUAGUUUAUGCCAUAGAUGUAGUUUAUGCAUAAACACAUGAUAACAUAGCGCUAUACACACACGUACACAUGGAUUUUGUGUUGUAGAUAUGUGGUAGUAGAGUAGUGGCCUGAGGGCACACACUUAAUGUGUUGUGAAAUGUAUUGUGAUGUUUUUAAAAUUGUAUAACUGCCUAAAUUUUACUAGACCCCAGGAAGAGUAUCUGCUGCCUUGGCAGCAGCUAAUGUGGAUCCAUAAUAAAUACAAAUACAAACCUUUCAGAUAUACACUGAGUGUACAAAACAUUAGGUACACCUAAUUGAGAACAUGCAACUGAAAGCUGGGAAAUGCUCUUUGACAUGCUUGUCCGUUUUCUCAGGCAUCCUGGUGGCGGAGGCCUUUGACCGGGCCCAGUGGAUCUACAGGGCUAGCCUGAGACGCUACACCUACACCACCCUCUCCCUGCUCUCCUUCGCCGUGGGCCUCUACCUGGUCCUCAGGGGCCUGGGGGUGGACCUGCUCUGGACCCUGGACAAGGCCCAGCGCUGGUGCCAGCGGCCCCAAUGGUCCACAUAGACACCACUCCUUUUGCCAGCCUCCUGCGCAACACCGGCACUCUGUUAGGCCUGGGCUUGGGCUUGCAUUCGCCCCUCUACACCGAGGCCCGGAGAGCAGGAGGUGGCGCCACCUACAGGCUGGCAUGCGUGGGCGCCACACUGCUGCUGCUCCACCUACUGGACUCAUUCAGGCCACCAGCCCACACCAGGGCUCUGUUCUACCUGCUGUCUUUCUGUAAGAGUGCCACUGUGCCCCUGGCCACUGUAGGCAUAGUGCCCUACUGCGUGGCCUGGGUAGCGUGA